UUUGGCUUUCCAUCCUACUACUCCCAAUCCCAUCCAUCAAAACACAGAUCAAAAGAGCAAAUUCUCAGAAACCAAACAAAGGAAAAAGAAAAAAUGUCUCUGGUCACAGAAGAGAUCCGAGCCAAAGCAGAGGUCUACCGUGGAAAUGAUAUCUGCCAAGAGAGGGCAAAGUUUAUGCUCAAAGAAAUUUGCCUCCCCAAUGGCCUCCUGCCCCUGCAAGACAUGGAAGAGAGUGGUUACGUAGAAGAGACCGGCUUUGUUUGGCUCAAACAGAAGAAGAAAGUGGAGCACAAGUUCGAGAAAAUAGGCAAGCUUGUGAGCUACGCCCCUGAAAUCACUGCCUAUGUUGAGAAAAACAAGUUCAAGAAGGUCACUGGUGUCAAGACCAAGGAGCUCCUGAUGUGGAUCACACUCAGUGACAUCUAUGUUGAUGACCCGCCCACCGGAAAGAUCACCUUCCAGACUCCGGCGGGGCUGUUCCGGACCUUUCCGGUGUCGGCUUUCCAGAUCGAGGAAGGAAAGGAGGGGAAGGGAGGGAAGGAAGUGAAGGAGGGGAAGGAAAUCAAUGGAGUGAAUGGUGGAGUGGUGAGUGAAGUGAAGGAGGUGUAAAUGUAACAACAGCUCUAUCAAAGAGUGGUUAGUGUCCCUGUUUAUGUAUUUUGAUGCUCAUGUUUUCUACUGUUGGAGUUUAUGAUGUUAUGAAUUAUGGUUUAAUUUACAUCAUUAGUGUCAUAUUUGCCUUUCAUUUCCAUGAAGAAUUUAUAUAUGAUAAAGUAAGUUCUUAAAAGCAA